GUACGCGCGGCAGCUGCUGACCGUUGCCCGGGGUUGAGGUGAAGCUGCCGGCUGCCCGGGACUGAGCCAUGGAACGCCACGCCGUCCGUGCUGCGACGGGAGCAGGUCACUGUUGCGUGUGAAGAAAAUCAUAGGCUACAAAUAUGGGAAAGAAACGCACCAAAGGCAAAACUGCACAGGCUGAUGAGUCUCUGGACAUAGUGGAGCCUGUAUGCAAGCAUAUUCGUAAAGGACUGGAACAAAGUCAUCUGAAAAAGGCACUGCUGAAUGUGGAAUGGCAUGUUUGUCAGGACUGCAAGGCAGACAACAAGACACGAGAGAAAUCUGAGGAAGAGACUGAUGAAAGCCCUCCAAUAUGGUUAUGUCUAAAAUGUGGCCAUAGGGGCUGUGGCAGAAAUUCUCAAGAGCAGCAUGCUUUAAAGCAUUACACAACGCCAAGAUCAGAUCCCCAUUGUUUGGUUCUCAGUUUGGACAACUGGAGUGUGUGGUGCUACAUAUGUGAUAACGAAGUUCCAUACAGUACUUCAACACGUUUGGGCCAGACUGUGGAUUAUAUUAAAAAACAAGUUUGUGUCAACUCAUCACGUUUAGAAAAGCAAAAAGAGAACGAAGAUGUUGGAAUUAAAAAAGUAGAAAAAGACAGCAGAAAUGAGCAAGAAAAAGAAGUAUUGCUGAAAGAGAGUUCUCAUUCCAGUACCAACUCUGAAGUGACUGUGAAAGGACUUAGUAACUUGGGGAAUACAUGUUUCUUUAACGCAGUGAUGCAGAAUUUAUCACAGACCCCAGUCCUGAGGGAGCUGCUUAAAGAAGCUAAAAUACCCAACACAACAGUUAAGAUCGAGUCACCUGAGUUGUUCAUGGAACCUCAGCUGGUAAAACUAGAUCAGCCAGGUCCUUUGACUUUAGCCAUGCAUCAAUUCCUGACAGAAAUGCAAGAGACAAAGAGAGGGGUAGUGACUCCUAAGGAACUUUUUGCUCAGGUUUGUAAAAAAGCAAUACGAUUUAAAGGUUAUCAACAGCAAGACAGUCAGGAAUUGCUUCGAUACUUACUUGAUGGAAUGAGAGCAGAAGAAAUUCAACGAAUAAGUGUUGGAAUACUGAAGGCUCUGACUGAUUCAAACAAACAAAAUGAAGAAGAACUGAGAAAGAAAAUUAAAGAAUAUGAAAAGAAGAAAGGAAUAAAAAGUUUUGUAGAUCGGAUCUUUGGUGGAGAAUUAACCAGUGCGAUUAUGUGUGAGGAAUGCAGAACAGUAUCCUUGGUCCAUGAAUCUUUCCUUGAUUUGUCGCUUCCUGUACUAGAUGAUCAGAAAACAAAAAAUACAAAUGAGAGAAAUGUUAAAAAAAAUAAAGGAAAGGAGUCUGAAGAGGAAGAAGAUGAUAAAAACAAUGAUUAUUAUAUUAAGCAGAGAGAUGAGCCCCCUGGUACAAGUAAGCACCUUCAGAAGAAAGCAAAGAAACAGGCCAAAAAACAAGCCAAGAGCCAGCGCCGCCAGCAAAAACUCCAGGGAAAGGUACUUCAAUUGACAGAUAUCUGUGCUACUGAAGAGUCAGAAAAAGAUGUAGUAUGUGACCAGGAAGGAGAGGCAGAAAUUAACUCUGAAAUUCCUGAUGUGAAGCAGGAAGAGGAAUCAUCAAAUGAUUGCAGAGAUGACUACUUAACUCAAAAUGACUUAAAUAUACAGGGAAAUAGUACAGAUGUUCAAAGCAUGCAUGAAAGCACAGGAAAGCCAGAGCAAGAAUGUGUAGAAAAGGAGUCUAUAGUGGAUCCCCCCACAGAAGACUUAGAUUCUCCUGUAGAGUUUGUCAAUGGCCUUGAUGACUUGUCUUUGAAAGAUGAAGAUGAAGAAAAUGAAGACGAUGAAGGGCUUGCUACUGACUUUUCAAAACUACACUUGGGUGCCAGUGCUGAAUCGGAUAUAAACGUCGUAGAUGACCUUCAAACUGUUCCAGCCAAGACAUGUGAAAUAUUAACCGAAGAUGCAGAAAUGGCAUUUUGUACUCUUGCUAGCAGGGAAGACCUGAACCCAGAAGAAGGCUCAAUCCAUCACUGUUUGUAUCAAUUUACCCGUAAUGAAAAACUUAGUGAGAACAAUAAACUGCUGUGUGAUGUAUGUACACAAAGACGUUAUGGACCAAAGAACACAAAAAAUGAAAAGCAUGUUUAUACUAAUGCCAAAAAGCAAAUGCUGAUUUCUCUUGCUCCUCCAAUUUUAACUCUUCACUUAAAGAGAUUUCAACAGGCUGGAUUUAACCUACGGAAGGUUAACAGGCAUAUCAAGUUUCCAGAAGUGAUAGACAUGGCUCCUUUCUGUACAGUUAAAUGUAAAAACGUGGCUGAAGGGAAUACGAAAGUAUUAUACUCUCUCUAUGGAGUUGUUGAACACAGUGGAACAAUGAGGUCUGGGCACUACACUGCUUAUGCUAAAAUAAGAAAUAUGAACAACCAUCUUUCUGAUCUUGUCCUUCAGGGACAUCCUCCUCAAGCUUUAGAAACUGAACCAAUAAAAGGACAGUGGUUCCACAUCAGCGAUACCCAUGUACAAGCUGUGUCUACAUCAAAAGUGCUGAGCUCACAAGCCUAUCUUCUGUUCUAUGAGCGACUGCUGUAACUCAUCCAAGAUGUCUCCUUGGUCUAUAACCACCUUAAGCACCCUAAAAGAAGGCUGGAACAAGCAAAUCAUAUUAACAUGUUAGAGCUACUGUAUGCAACUGCAAGAGUAUACUUUGUGCAUCUUAUACACACUGACACAUGGUUAACUUAUACUUUUUCCAGUGUUUUCACUACUUAUAAAUAAAGUAACUUUUUUUUUUUUUUUCAAAAUUAGAACCUGAUGUUUCUACUGAGUAUUCUUACACUGGUACAAACAAGCAUCUGCUGCUCUUUCAUUUCAGAGAGACCAGCUUUAGUAUUGAACUACAGUUACCUCUUACUUCUGUAUGUAUGUGUUCCAGAACUUUCUAGGUGUGUUAGAGCCAACAGAUUCUGCAUUGGCUGUCUUUGUGUUGUUGGUUUAUUUCCAGUGGAGCCCUCAAUUUGCAAAGUCUCUCGGAAGUCCCUGGUAUGAGCACCUUACUGCAGCAUAUUGACAAGGCUGUGAUCACAGCUCUUAGUGUUAAGCACUUUGGUUCUGGAGGAUUAAGAAAGCUUGUCCCCUCCCAGGCUUGGCUUUACACUGGUUCACAUAAAGUCCUGGCUCCUUGUGCUGGAACCAGCAGCUGUUUACAUUCAGUGCAUUUUUCACAACACCCUUCCUAAGAAAAUGAGUGCUCUCAUGUGUUUGUUACCCUUGAAGUCAUCAGCAGUAGCACUUGUGCAGCUGAUGAAAUCAGUAUGCCAAUCCUUCCAAAAACUUGCUGAGUUUUUCAGCCAUGCCAGCUACCAACUGUAAGGCAAGCUCUGGUAUAGCUGCUGUGCAGCAACCUUAUUUAGGCAUGCAGUAGUUCCAAACUUGAUUUAGCUGUCCACUCCCUUCUGGCUGUGAAGUACAGACAAGAGUAAUAAAAAAAUAUUGAAGUGGUUUGAAUUUCAAGGGACUUUAGGGCACACAAGUUAUUUACUUUCCCCAAGGAAACUUAGCAGAGGACUUCGAAUUUUGCGUCUGCGUGAAAAAUUUCCAGUGAUCAGCAUGUAUGUGCUUGAUACUUCUCAACAGCUAACCUUCAUUUAUCUGUAAAGCUACUAGAUACGUUUCACCACUGUCUGGCUGACAUUUUGAGCACGUAGAGCCUCUGAAUGCGAGGAUGUAAGAGAUGUGUGUAUCAACACAAAGCAUAGGUACAGACUACAGCAUAACCGCUGUAUUAUUUCAAAACUCAGUUAACUUUUUACACAGAGGGGCAAGGACUGCAAUGAGGUACAAAGAGAAUGGACUGUGCUUUCAGUUGUAUUCCUUACAGCAGGCUUAUGGCCAGUCUCACUCAGCUCCUGUACCAAGCUAAGCUGCAGAGGCAAGGGGGUGGCUCAGCUCUUAGGGGAGGCAAGGCUAGGGCUGCCCCCUGCUUGACACAGCUGGGCCUAGCAGGGAAGAACUGUAUUAUGAUAAUUUCAAAUAAAAUCAAAGCAAGCAGUUUAGGAGUAGUAAGUUUAUUGAAGUGUUCAUUCAAAGUUCUGCAACUCUACUGGAUACACAGUUCAUAACUUAAAGGCAAGAGACCAAAA